AACGCACAUUUUCUCUCUUCCACAUUCUCCUUUCUUCUAUAUUAUACAAGAGGAAGAACGUAAAACCCACAAGACACGAACGAAGAAUCUUCUUCUUCAUGUAUAUAUAUCAGAGCUAUUUCGCUUCGAUUAGCGCUGAAUCCGUAUCCAGUGAGCAAAACCAAGAGUCUCAUCAGAAAUAUCAUGUCUGGUUCGGAUCGAAGCAUAGGUCUCAACAGACCAAGAUUGGUGACGAAGAAGUUCCUCGCCAAACCUCAACAUGAGGGUGACGGGGCUGUUGUUAGAAGAAGCAUUGGAAGGUCUGAAUUGAAGUAUUUGGAUCCAUUUCUCAUGAUGGAUGAAUUCUCAGUCUCUCCUCCUGCUGGUUUUCCUGAUCAUCCACACCGAGGUUUCGAGACUGUUACAUACAUGCUGCAGGGAGCUUUUACUCAUCAAGAUUUUUCAGGCCAUAAGGGUACAAUCCAUACUGGUGAUGUGCAGUGGAUGACGGCAGGAAGAGGGAUAAUCCACUCAGAAAUGCCAGCAGGGGAAGGAACUCAAAGGGGUUUACAACUUUGGAUAAAUCUUUCCAGUAAUGAAAAGAUGAUUGAACCAGGGUAUCAAGAGGUGAUAAGUCAAGACAUACCGAGGGCUGAAAGAGAUGGAGUUGAGGUCCACGUUAUAGCAGGAGAAGCAAUGGGAGCUCAAUCUCCAGUUUACACCCGAACUCCAACAAUGUACCUUGAUUUCACCCUAAAACCCAGAGCCCAGAUGCAUCAAAGCAUACCAGAGUCUUGGAAUUCCUUUGUAUAUAUAAUAGAAGGGGAAGGUGUAUUUGGUUCUUUGAACUCAUCCCCAAUAACUGCUCACCAUGUCCUGGUUUUGGGUCCUGGAGAUGGUCUUAGUGCAUGGAACAAGUCCUCCAAGCCACUGAGGUUUGUGCUACUUGGCGGGCAGCCCCUCAACGAAUCUGUGGUUCAAUAUGGCCCUUUUGUGAUGAACACACAAGCUGAAAUCGAUCAGGCUAUUGAAGACUAUCACUAUUGCAAGAAUGGAUUUGAGAUGGCCAAGUAUUGGAGAUCCCAAUCGGCCGGCUAAAAGCUUUCAAAUCUUAAAGGCAUAGUCCAAACCCAGGAAGGGGAAAAAAAAAAAAGACAGAAAUAAGAAGGCACCACCUUCAUCUCUAUCUCAGUUUCUACCCUCAUCCAGAACAGAGCAAUCAAGAGGAUAUGAGGUGAAAGAUUUCAUAUGCUCUGAAGGAAGCAAAUGCUUCUACAGGCUUGAAGCUUGGGCAGAUGGGGUUAUAAUUGCUAGCUGUUAAGUCAAUUUGGGUCAGCUUAUAUUGAUUCACUUAUCCUUCUCAAGUAGUUUCUUUGAAAAAUAUAUAUUUAUUGCUGUAGUUCAUGAUUUUAAGUUGAAUAUUAUUAUUAUUAUUAUUAUUAUUAUUAUAGAAUUGGAGAUUGUUUAACAA